GCAUCCUCCUCUCAUCCGCCAGCAAUACCUUCCCUCCAAUGGUCCUUUGCCCUCUGCGCCCCAGGUAUAGAGUCGCCAUGCUUCUUUCUUAAUCUUUAGAAGAGUGAAGAGAUUUCACUGUAUAUACACCGAACGACGGCUACCAAGAAUGGCUCGCCCCGCCAACGACCUUCCUUCACAUGCGUCUCCAGUCAUAUCGCCCGUCCCUCGGCCCUCGUCCGCAUACUUGGGCGGCUGGUCCGACCUCGAUGACAAUGCUUCCCCUACGCCUGGUCUCCCCAACAACUUAAUAUCCCCUGCGUUCACUCCUCCCGCCACUCCGGGAGCUGGAACUCCUUCCCGUCAUCUCCAAUCUGAACCGAAGUCCAUCCCCGUCGACACUUCGCUCGACGACCCCUCGACGAAGCAACCCCGCUUGCUCGAGAGAUUACCGCAAGUAGAAUGUCUGGUCCGGGCGCGGAUACCGACGACCUCCGGAGCGGAGAUGUUCCUGCAUUUAUAUCAGAAUGACUCUGAUAAUAAGGAGCACCUGGCGAUUGUCUUCGGCAACAAUAUACGAAGUCGCAGUCUAGAUGCCGAGAAGCCCGGUGAAACCGAGAUGGAUCGCAUGAUUCGUGGCGCUUAUGUUGGAAGAUUGAGACCGGGUCGGACGAGUUCGAGAAUAGAUCCCACAGAACAGAGCAGGAGGCCAUUCAACAAACGGCACAGAAGUGGCUCCGCGUUAAAGAACGUAACGACGGUCCCGGAGGAUGGUGUUCUCGAAACAGCACUGGCAGAGGGCGCUGUCAGGGCCCCGAAUGCUUCCCAGGAUGAACAAAACUCGGAACAUCCCCACCAUCCCAUCGCGAGCCUGGGUGAUGUCCUUGAUAACAUACAGAUGAGCAGCCAUUCUCUGGGCAAAGCGCCACUUGUCCGAAUCCACUCAGAAUGCUACACAGGCGAAACAGCCUGGUCUGCCCGCUGCGACUGUGGAGAGCAACUGGACGAGGCCGCCCGACUGAUGUCCUUGCCCGGCUCUACGGGCGGCGUCAUAGUCUACUUACGCCAAGAGGGACGAGGGAUUGGUCUCGCUUCGAAAUUAAAGGCGUACAAUCUGCAGGACUUGGGGAAUGACACUGUUGAAGCGAAUUUAUUACUGAGGCAUCCGGCCGAUGCAAGGACUUAUGGCCUUGCCACUGCAAUACUGCAAGAUCUCGGACUUGGCACCGACAGUGAUGCGCAGAAACCAGAGGCAGAGAGAGGCAUCAGGCUUCUUACUAACAACCCUGAUAAGGUACGAGCAGUGGAAGGACCCGGGAAGGAGGUAAGAGUACGGGAAAGGGUACCGAUGAUCCCUCUUGCAUGGAGGACGGCUGGGGCCAAGGGUGUCCGAGGCGCAGAGAUUGAAAAAUACCUCGAGACAAAGAUUGGGAGGAUGGGACAUAUGAUUCACGAAGAGUCCUAGGAAAACAACGGUGGGAACGGAAUCGCGAACUGGGACCAGGCCGGAAAUUCUUGCGCAGACAAAAAGACGAAUGGAACCAACCCUUUGGACUUCUGGACCUCAUCGUGUCGCCCAGUCGCCGGCUUCGACCCUGGCAGUUUGGGAAAGCCACACGUGCCUGACAGCAUCACCAUCUCCGAAGAGACGCUACUCGUGUCAACGACUGGAUUAUUAGGCGAAAGAGACCGGCACGAACCCGCGCCCGACUCGGAUCCAGAUCUCUAUUUAAUGGGGCGACUGCCGCCCAGAAUACGAGGAAACCCAGGGUGAGAAGAAGAAGAAGGGCUGCCAUCGACAAGCCCUCCAAGCCGACUCACUUCGGACAUGGCAACCACUCAAAAUUGGUUUCCGGAGGAAAAAUCAGAAAGAAAAAAGAGACUCUGAUACAACAAUCACGCCCUCUCAAACACUAUCAAACAUGAGAGACGAUGAGUGACGAACAACUUGUCCGGCGGCAUUGGAACGGAGUCGGACUGAGGCGCACGCAGGGCAUAUCAUGCAAGCCCCGCGAGCCCGUACCCACGCCGUGGCGUACGACAUGGACGGAGCACUCUGCAGUACCAUGUCCAUGUGCAAGUACGUACCAUGUGGGCGAAUUGAACUGGCCGCGGAGAUCAAGGAGAUCGAGCAUGUCCAUACAUGCCGGUCGGUGCGUACACACACCCACACACCCACACCCACCACUACGCACACACUUACAGCAUAUACCUCGUACGCAUAUCUUGCCAAAAGGAAGAAAGAGAGAGACGAGGAACAUAUACACAUACAUACGAGUGCAUGCAGUCAGUGCAUGCAGUAGGACAUCACUAUCUACCCGCAUAUAUAUCGCAUAUAUGAUUUCAUGGGCGACGGGAGGGGAACAUAGAACGUGGGUCCAGGGCUGCAAUUGCAAUUCAGGUACCCUCUUGUCAGGUAGACAGACAUUUUAAUACGUUGU